UUUUUUUCUCUCACUACUACUUAUCGUUCCUGGGUCCUCUAAGCAUGUCUGCCCAACGUAUUGUAAGGAUAUUAAAACAAUUUCAUUUGCGGCCCGUAAAGAACAUGAAGUUUACUUUUGAUCCAUGUUCAAGGAACGUACUAUCUAUACGGGAGGUACUGUUUCAUAUGCACCUGCCAAAGAUUACUAGUACCAAUCAAAAUGUCGCAAUGAAGGUUGAUGUGAAAUCAGAUCGGUCAGAACCAGUUAUGGAAGUGUCCUUCGCUGAUGGUACCAAGGUGAUUGUAAAGACGGCCUACCUAUCUACUCUAGAGAUAUUGGACCGUUUAUUGGAAUUUUGCAAUGCAAAAGAUAAAAGCAAAGAUGAAACCCCCUUACCUCAAACAAAGGCUGCAAGAAAGAAAUAAGCUAUAGUAAUGGUUUUGUCAUUUUGUUAUUUUUUGCUUAAUGGUUUGUUUAUAAACAUAUCUGAAUGUUGCAUGUGUGUGUGUGUGUGAGUGUGCAUAAAAGAGACAAAGCAUGUCCACACAAGACCAUAUUUGAUACAUCAGAAAGAGUCAUAAUAAAAUUUAUCAUUCUGUCAUCACUGAUACAGAAGGAUCAUCAUUUUAUUAAACACCUUGCUGCAAGAUCAAAAGAAUUAUGAAUAUUAAAUUAUUUAAAGUGAAUGUUUCUAUCAUGUGGCUUACAUACAUUUUUUUCAAGGGUUAAAAAUGAUAAAGAAUAACAUGUGAAAUGCACAUAGAUAUAAGUUGUAUAGAUGUGAGACCCGAGUUAUGCAUGGAAAUGAAAAAAUCUGAUAUUAAUGUU